CAUCUGCACUGUUGACCAUGUCAUGCAUAAAAUCAGGACAGGCACAGUGUGUAUGUGUAAUAUUCAAAGUGUUAAUGAAAGAAGGAAUUCUCUCCGGGCACAGUGGGAUGGAGCAGAUUUGGAAGGGUGCCAGCGAUGGUUUACAAUGAGAAAUUAUUAGGCUGAUCAGGAAAACCUUGGCUAGUUUUGAAGAAUGAUGGCAGUCCCUCAGGGGUGUUUCCAGUAUGUCCUGCGUGCAGUCCCCUCAGAAAGGUGUCCCUGCCCCAGUGCAGAUUUCCCAUGGGCCACUGUAUCCUCAGAGGGACACUCAGUAGAGUGAAGUGCUUCUUCUCAUCAGUCACAUCUCCUGCAGCCCCCUCCAGCCAUCCCCAGGCUGGUGCUGCAACCACCUCUGGGGCCUGCAGAGAUGCUGGCAGCCAUUAUGGAACCAGCUGGAGUGAGAGCCUUCUGUGACUGCUUCAGCAAAGUGUACAGCUGCCUCCCAUGCAAGGCAUUGCUGCUGUUCCAGCUCCUUAACCCUGCUUUUACACCCAACAGCCUACAUAAAAGAAGGAUUACGUCUGGCAUUCAGAUGGUCAAGGAAUAAAACCUCUCCUUUGAAACUUACAAACCACUUCUGAUUUAGUCACAGUCACCAUGAGCAAGAAUGCCUGUAGUGCACAUGGGAAGAGCAAAAGUGUUUCAGAAGAAGCUCUGCAUCACAGCACUGAGGAUGAAGAGUCUACCCAGGGAAUGGAGCCCUAUCUUGUGCGCAGAUUAUCAUGCCGUAACAUCCAGCUUCCACCCCUGGCUUUCAGACAGUUAGAACAGGCAGACUGGGAUAAAAAGAAUGAUACUGAUACUAUCCCAAGGCCCACGACCCUUCCACUGAGGAUUCUUCCUCUCAUUGCUAUUACAUCUCCUGAGUCCAGCAGAAUGAUGAUCUGCUGAAUUACUUAUCCAUUGCUAGCAGCAGGAAUAUGUUUCUGCUUCAUGAGUCAGAUGUGAUAAAAAAAUUAUAUGAAGAGCUAGUGACUGUCCACUGCAUCAGAAAUUCAAUCUUAGUGGACUUAAAAUAAAUCAGUGAAACUUCAUGUUUAUAUUUAAAACAGAGUACAUUUUUUUAAGCGCUAUUGUGCUGAAUUAUAACAUGAUUACUAUCAGCACUGUAGUAAGUGGUGAAUACUGCUGAGUAAAAUUUAUCAUUAUGUAACUUGUGUUUUAGCAUUGGUUCAUUUUGUGUACAGACAAUGUAAAU